AUGGACCUUGCCGUGGCUUACGUGCAGGUGGCUUACGUGCAGGUGGCUUACGUGCAGGUGGCUUACGUGCAGGUGGCUUACGUGCAGGUGGCUUACGUGCAGGUGGCUUACGUGCAGGUGGCUUACGUGCAGGUGGCUUACGUGCAGGUGGCUUACGUGCAGGUGGCUUACGUGCAGGUGGCUUACGUGCAGGUGGCUUACGUGCAGGUGGCUUACGUGCAGGUGGCUUACGUGCAGGUGGCUUACGUGCAGGUGGCUUACGUGCAGGUGGCUUACGUGCAGGUGGCUUACGUGCAGGUGGCUUACGUGCAGGUGGCUUACGUGCAGGUGGCUUACGUGCAGGUGGCUUACGUGCAGGUGGCUUACGUGCAGGUGGCUUACGUGCAGGUGGCUUACGUGCAGGUGGCUUACGUGCAGGUGGCUUACGUGCAGGUGGCUUACGUGCAGGUGGCUUACGUGCAGGUGGCUUACGUGCAGGUGGCUUACGUGCAGGUGGCUUACGUGCAGGUGGCUUACGUGCAGGUGGCUUACGUGCAGGUGGCUUACGUGCAGGUGGCUUACGUGCAGGUGGCUUACGUGCAGGUGGCUUACGUGCAGGUGGCUUACGUGCAGGUGGCUUACGUGCAGGUGGCUUACGUGCAGGUGGCUUACGUGCAGGUGGCUUACGUGCAGGUGGCUUACGUGCAGGUGGCUUACGUGCAGGUGGCUUACGUGCAGGUGGCUUACGUGCAGGUGGCUUACGUGCAGGUGGCUUACGUGCAGGUGGCUUACGUGCAGGUGGCUUACGUGCAGGUGGCUUACGUGCAGGUGGCUUACGUGCAGGUGGCUUACGUGCAGGUGGCUUACGUGCAGGUGGCUUACGUGCAGGUGGCUUACGUGCCGGUGGCUUACGUGCCGGUGGCUUACGUGCCGGUGGCUUACGUGCCGGUGGCUUACGUGCCGGUGGCUUACGUGCCGGUGGCUUACGUGCCGGUGGCUUACGUGCCGGUGGCUUACGUGCCGGUGGCUUACGUGCCGGUGGCUUACGUGCCGGUGGCUUACGUGCCGGUGGCUUACGUGCCGGUGGCUUACGUGCCGGUGGCUUACGUGCCGGUGGCUUACGUGCCGGUGGCUUACGUGCCGGUGGCUUACGUGCCGGUGGCUUACGUGCCGGUGGCUUACGUGCCGGUGGCUUACGUGCCGGUGGCUUACGUGCCGGUGGCUUACGUGCCGGUGGCUUACGUGCCGGUGGCUUACGUGCCGGUGGCUUACGUGCCGGUGGCUUACGUGCCGGUGGCUUACGUGCCGGUGGCUUACGUGCCGGUGGCUUACGUGCCGGUGGCUUACGUGCCGGUGGCUUACGUGCCGGUGGCUUACGUGCCGGUGGCUUACGUGCCGGUGGCUUACGUGCCGGUGGCUUACGUGCCGGUGGCUUACGUGCCGGUGGCUUACGUGCCGGUGGCUUACGUGCCGGUGGCUUACGUGCCGGUGGCUUACGUGCCGGUGGCUUACGUGCCGGUGGCUUACGUGCCGGUGGCUUACGUGCCGGUGGCUUACGUGCCGGUGGCUUACGUGCCGGUGGCUUACGUGCCGGUGGCUUACGUGCCGGUGGCUUACGUGCCGGUGGCUUACGUGCCGGUGGCUUACGUGCCGGUGGCUUACGUGCCGGUGGCUUACGUGCCGGUGGCUUACGUGCCGGUGGCUUACGUGCCGGUGGCUUACGUGCCGGUGGCUUACGUGCCGGUGGCUUACGUGCCGGUGGCUUACGUGCCGGUGGCUUACGUGCAAUAA